GUCAUGUUAUUGCAAGAAAAAAAAUGCGUUCAGUCGUGAUAACGAACAACUUGCAUAGGGAGUCAGUGGCGCAGUGGUUAGCAGCCGUUGGACUACAACGCCAGCGGUCCGGGUUCGAUUCCCGGUCGCGGCUGAUAUCCCGACUAGUGAUCAGUGCUGGGUGAUUUACUUAAAUUGGUACUGUUUAAAUUGCAGCAGUAUCGACGUAGACUUGUAUGUUGGGGUGGUAAAUAUGACGCCUGCCGUGGGCUCGGCUGGAAAUAAGUUGUUCCAUCCAUUCCAGGUGGACUUUCGUCGACUACCCACGUUAAACAAGAAACUUUACCUUUUUUUAACUUAUGGGAGAUGACAACGAUAUUCCUGUUCACACUCUCUUAUAUCCGAAAAAUAGUCGAUACUAUCAGUCCGAAAGCGCGCAUUUGUUGUUUAACUGCAGCGUGUUGAGGAUAUAAUUCUAGAAUGUCACAUUUGCAGGAACAACUUACGUGCUCCAUCUGUUUGGAACUGUAUAAUGACCCUGUCCGUCUGGUCUGCUUCCAUGUUUUUUGCCAAAAAUGCAUUGCAGCCAACAUGAAUAUUCCUGACAGAAGACCAGUCUGCCCAGAGUGUAAUACACCGAUAGAAAAUUCUUUUCCACCAAAAAAAGACUUCAAAAUAGCAGCGCUUAUUCAGACAAUUAAAGAGACCCCGAAAUGCAGGGAACAUAAUGAUGAUAACAAUAUUCUUGAAGAGUACAAAGCAGACGUAUUAUGCAAGACAUGUUGUAAACUACUUUGUGUAGCAUGUGCCUUUGGACAGGGACACAGAAACCAUGAAAUGGAGGACUUAAAAUCAGCCAUUACCAAACAAAAGGAGUUGUUAGCAAAGAAGAUGCCAGGUACUAGAGUAAAAUUACUUAAUUAUAUGAUGCAGCGUGCCAAGACGAAGAAGGCUCGCAAAGAUUAUUACAAAUGUGAAGUAGACAGCAUAUCAACUUUUAAACGUAUGGUCAGUGAUAUUCAGGCCCACAUUGAUAAGUUAAAGACAGAUGGAGAGGAAGCCAUUCAAGUAGUUACUGAGGAAUUUGUGACGUUUUCUAAAGAGAAGGAAUCUGAACUUACAGAAAAAAUUAAAUGGGCCGAACAACUAAUAAAAAGCUAUGAUGAAUUUGAAAAAGAUCCUGCCAAUUCAUUUAAAGUCAUGAAAGAGAAUGCUGAAAAGAGUUUUGAAUCCAACAAUUCUUUUCUGCCAGAACUUACUGCAAAAUCAUCAGUAGCACAUGUUUUUAGAAGAAGUCCAGUGAUUAAAGAAGGCUUUGUACAGUUAAGCAGUAUGGUGAACAGCUUUUUGCAAAAAAUAGAAAAUAAUCUGGGUGAAGGUUUUGUAUGUCGUCUUCAGGGAUUACCUUGUAAUGUAACAACAGAUGGGGUCAUAGAAUGGUUUGGAGGGAGUGUAAGAAUUGUACCAAAUGGUGUUCACAUUCUAAAUACCUGUAAAGGGCAUCGCCAGGGAGAAGCAUUUAUAGAACUUGUUGCUGAGAAGGAUGUUGAAGCUGCAUUAACUCGACACAAAGACCACAUGGGAUACAGAUAUAUUGAAGUAUAUCGAUCAAAACGUAGUGAGAUGGAGGAUGCUGUGAAAAAGUCAAACAGAAGGUCGUAUCAGUUAGGAGAUGGAAAGAAUAGACAAGCUUCAGAAAUGUUUGACACUGAAAAUUCAGCCACAGAUGAAGAGUACUCACUACCAAAAAUAAAAUACUGCAAAGGUAAUUCUGGAAAAGCUUUUCACAAAGCAACAAAGUUGAACAAACAUACUGUAUCAUCAUGCCAAUCUUCUGAAGCUCCUGUAGUUUACCUAGGUUCAUCACGUAGUACAGCGUUGUCAGAUGACUCAGCUUCUUCCCCGGAAACAUCAUUGACAGCUGUACCAUCUACUUCAGGUGAUUCAGGUUUGGAUACAUCAGCUUCAUCAGUUGAACCAUCAACUUCAGUGGAGGGUUUCAAAAUACCUGUUGUAGGAAGUAAGAACCUACCUGAAGAUGUCAAUGCAGCAAUUCAGCUGAUUGCAGAAGCCAAUUUUUCCACAGAGGAAUUCUCCAGUUUCCUCAUGUUCUUUCAAAACUUCAGAAAUGAACACAUUGGAUUGACCACUAGAUUAUCUAAAGUAGGAUUUGCAAAUAUUGCUUUACAAGAUUGGAAGCAAGUACCGCCAUUUCAGAAACUGGGAUACAAAUUUAAAGCGCACAAUACAGAAAAAUACCAGAGGGCUCUAGGGGAAUAUACAGCAUUCUUCAGCUGAGUUGUCGGGACAUUUAAUGCUGUUUAUGGUGGAAAAAAGAAGAAAAAAACUGGCAAUGAAGAGGUCAUAGUCUUUGACAAUUUCCAUUGCUUAUGGUCCAGCAGAGAAAUUUGUUAGUUACAAGAACAGGCCGAAGGAGCAAGCAUAAAUGUAGAAAAACAAGUAGUUCUUUAUUGUAAAAUGUUUAGAUGAGGGAGAAAGAACUGUUUCAGAUAUAGUUCAUAGUUUAUCAAAAUCAAGAAAACAUUGAUUAGUUGAUUAUAGUUUGUAUGAUGUUAAACCUUUAAUACUUACUUGUUCAGUUUUACAUAUUGCAUGAUUUUGAAUUACAUACCUAAUAAUUUCACUGUAACGUGGUUGUCACAUGCUGAGGAAGUAAAACAAUUGGGGUCAGAAAAUUGCCGGGUAAUUCAAAAAUUGUCUGGGACGUUUUGAAAUAGGGCAGUGUUAGGUAUAUAUCAUAGAAGUAGGUUUUUCAGGCAAGUUUUUCUGAAAGACUGGUAGAGCCCAUCCUGGCUGAGUGGUUAUGGCCACUAACCCCUUACUACUGUGGAUUCAAAACCUUUCUCAAGAUGUUGAAUUUUUCAGGGUAGGAUUCCAUCCAGCUGGCUUACAGAAAGUCUACCCACGUGCCUGCACAUGCCUGAAACCAUGGAGAGGCACCUGGGGUCUUCCUCCAACAUCAAACAAUAUCAGUGUGGCUAAUCCACACAAGACUGGAUGUAGGAAUGGAUGGAGUCCAACAUACCGGAAUUUGUUUCUGAAGAAUAAUUAGUUUGUUCACAUUUUUAGCUCACCUGAGCACUAAGUGCUCAAGGUGAGCUUUUGUGGUCACCCUGUGUCCGUCAUCCGUUGUCGUUGUCCAUCCUCAACAGUUUGACUGUUGACACACUAGAGGUCACAAUUUUGGCCCAAUCUUAAUGAAACUUGGUCAGAAUGUUACUCUCAAUAAAAUCUUGGAGGAGUUUGAUAUUAGGUCAUCUGGGGUCAAAAUCUAGGUCACCAGGUCAAAUCAAAGGAAAAGCUUGUUAACACUCUAAAGGCUACAUUUUUGACAACAUCUAUAUGAAACUUGGUCAGAAUGUUAACCUUGAUUUUCUUUAGGUCAAGUUGAACUCUGGAUCAGGUGGGGUCAAAAACUAGGUGACCAAGUGAAAUCAAACCGGCCCGCUUAGCUCAGUAGGUAGCGUGCCGGUCUAUGGAUCACUGGGUCGUGAGUUCGAUCCUCAGGCAGGGCAUAUGUUCUCCGUGACUAUUUGAUAAAUGACAUUGUGUCUGAAAUCAUUAGUCCUCCGCCUUUGAUCCAUGUGGGAAAGUUGGCAGUUACUUGUGGAGAACAGGUUUAUAUUGGUACAGAAUCCAGGAACACUGGUUAGGUUAACUGCCCGCCGUUAAAUGACUGAAAUACUGUUAAAAAACGGCGUUAAACCCAAAACAAACAAACAAACAAAGGUCAAAUCAAAGGAAAAGCUUGUGAACACUCUAGAGGCCACAUUUAUGACUUUAUCUUUAUGAAACUUGGUUAGAGUGUUAAUCUUUAUGAUCUUAAGGUCAAGUUCGAAUCUUGGUCAUCUGGGAUCAAAAACUAGGUCACCAGGUCAAAUCAAAGAAAAAUCUUGUAAACACUCUAGAGGCCACACUUAUGACCCUAUCUUGAUGACACUUGGUCAGAUCUUUAGACCAAAUUCAAAUCGGGUUCAGGUAGGGUAAAAAACUAGGGCACCAGGUCAAAUCAAAGGACUAGCUUGUUAACACUCUAGAGGCUAUAUUUAUGAUUAUCUUCAUGAAACUUGGUCAGAAUGUUAAUCUUGAUUAUCUUUAGGUCAAGUUCGAAUCUGGGUCAUCUGGGGUCAAAAACUAGGUCACCAGGUGUAAUCAAAGGAAAAGCUAGUUAACACUCUAGAGGCCACAUUUAUGACCAUAUCUUAAUGACACUUGGUCAGAAUGUUAAUCUUGAUGAUCUUUAGGUCAAGUUCAAAACUGGGUCAGGUGGGGUCAAAAACUAGGUAACUGGGUUAAAUCAAAGGAAGAGGCCACAUUUAUGACCAUAUCUUAAUCAAACUUGGUCAGAAUGUUAAUCUUAAUGAUCUUAAGGUUAAGUUUAAAUCUGGGUCAGGUGGGGUCAAAAACUAGGUCACCAUGUCAAAUAAAGGAAAAGCUUGUUAACACUCUAGAGGCCGCAUUUAUGACUGUAUCUUCAUGAAACUUGGUCAGAGUGUUAACCUUGAAUCUUGAUGAUCUUUAGGUCAAGUUUGAAUAUUGGUCAUGUGGAAUUUGACCUACUGACCUACUUUCUUGUUUUUUAAGAUAUAGCCUGGAAAUUUGGAUGACAUGUACAGUUUAGCAAACCAAUCUUAGAACUGACUUUCAGUGACCAUUAAUGUGACCUACUUUCUUGUUUUUUAAGGUAGGGCCUUGAAAUUUGGAUGACAUGUACAGUUUUGCACACCAAUCUUAAAACUGAGUGACCAUGAAUGUGACCUAAUGACCUACUUUUUUGUUUUUAAGAUACAGCCUUGUAAUUCAUGUCAUGUACAGUUUAGCAAACUGGCCUUAAAACUGACGUUCCUUGACCAUGAAUGUGACCUACUGACCUACUUUCUCGUUUUUUAAGAUACAGCCUUGAAAUUUGGAUGACAUGUACAGUUUUGCAUACUGAUCUUAAAACUGACUUUCAUUGACCAUAAAUAUGACCUACUGACCUACUUUCUUAAUAUUUUAGCAUCAGUUUGACAUUUGAAAACAUGUAGCUUAAUAUUACUCAGGUGAGCGAUCCAGGGUCAUCAUGACCCUCUUGUUAUGUUAAAUACCAGAUAAAUGUCAGGAAAAACACCUGUUGUCUGGAAAGCAUCAGGGAAUUUUGUGUCUGAGUUGUGGGAGCACUCUGUUACCUUACUUACUUUACUGGUAGUAAAAUAAAAUUAUUUUUGCAAGAAUUGUUGAAUCGUUGUCUAUAUCUGAAGUUCAUGUUCUUGAUUAUUUCCCCUAUCUAUCUAUUUAUACUGCAGCACUCCUCUUUCCGAGUAUUAUGUGCAGCUAACAUGAUCAGCAUUAUGUGAACCACAUGUAUCACAAGAGCAUAUCAAAUUUUCAAAGUUUCAAGAAAAGGCAUAUUCUUGAUACAAGAAGAAUAUAUAAUAACUAUGGUCUUUUCUGGAACAGAGGAUAUCUUAUGUAACAAGAUUUAGUACUUCAAUGUCACCAUUGACUCGCUACACAUGUGUUUAGUUGGAAGCAUAUAUAUUCUCUUUUAUCAUCAUUUAUUUAGCAGAAGGUUGCUCUAAAAAGUGCUAGAAGUCCUAAUUACCCUGU